AAAAAAAAAUAGACAUUAAAAAAAAACUAAUCAGUAAAUCAGGGUAAUCCCCAGCCAGUCGCUGUUUCCUUCUCUUUCCCUUCCUUGUGUGGCGAGCGCAGUCCAGGAGGGAAACAGAUUCUCCUCCGCAGCUGGAUUCGUGAGCAGAAAACCUAAACAAAGGGUUGCUGAAAAUCAGGAGAGCAAAGCAGGGAAUCAGCGGUUUCUCGGGGGCGGCUCUGGAUCUGCAUCCAAUUCUCUAUUUCACUAUUUCCCUCCGACCUCCCCGUUCGCGAUUUCCCCUCUUUCUGUCUGGUUUCUCUGGUCCGUUAAAAUCAACAACUCGUUUGGUCUUCGGUUUCUCAAUCAAUCAAUCAAUCAUGGCGUCCAAGCGCAUCUUGAAGGAACUCAAGGAUUUGCAGAAGGAUCCACCCAGUUCCUGUAGCGCAGGUCCUGUGGCGGAGGAUAUGUUCCAUUGGCAGGCAACGAUUAUGGGACCCUCUGAAAGCCCCUAUUCUGGAGGUGUUUUCCUGGUUACCAUCCAUUUCCCCCCAGAUUAUCCUUUCAAGCCCCCUAAGGUAGCAUUCAGGACCAAGGUCUUCCACCCUAAUAUCAACAGCAAUGGGAGCAUCUGCCUAGAUAUCCUCAAAGAGCAAUGGAGCCCUGCUCUUACCAUUUCAAAGGCAGGGUUAAUGGUAUAGGAAACUUGCAUGAAGCUCAUACAGCCGCAAGAGAGGUGCUGCUCUCGAUCUGCUCCUUGUUGACGGAUCCCAAUCCAGAUGACCCUUUGGUGCCAGAGAUUGCCCACAUGUACAAGACAGACCGUGCCAAGUACGAGGCAACUGCACGCAGCUGGACCCAGAAGUAUGCUAUGGGAUGACAGGACUGAAGUGGUUGAUGAGAGACCACAAGAAACAGAAACACAGAAGAAGGAAAGUUAUCAAUUAUGUCUUCAGGAUUUGAAACAUUGUGGUUACGUUUGUGGUGGGAUGCAGCAGCUUGUCCUGCUUAUUUUUUUGGGUUUGUCAUAUAUGUUUUUGGUUAGGGCUCUUUGAGAUUUGAAGGGAGUUCGGGUUUUUAUGAACUCCAUAACAGUUUUACUACAUGGGCGUUUUUUGCAUUUUGUUGGAUUGGGGGAAUCACAGAAUAUGGUCUUAUAAAUACGAUAAUCCCCAACGAGGUGGAUCUUAUGAAUAUUAUCUGGUCUGCUACAGCCAAACACUGCUUGUUUCGUUUGUUGGUGGUGUGGCAGGUUUGUAUUCUUCUUAAUUAGGGUCAUGGGUGUCGAAUCCACGCCUCUAUCUAGUUUAUAUGGCAAUGAAUUGGGAUUUUUUUCUCUAGGGGUUGUUUGGUUUUGGUGAUUGUUUGGUGGGAUAGUUACAAUGCACGUAGUCGUUUGGCUUUGGAGAUUGUUUGGUGGAGAUAGUUACAAGGCAUGUAUUGUUCACAAUGCAUUGUUUUUUUUGAAUUUUUUGUACAAACAAUGCAUGUAUUUUCAUAUUGAUGACAAUCCAUCAAUUUAACUAAUGACAGAAGAUUCAUUCAUGUGCAAUAAUAAAGCUUGC